AUAGCCACUCGUGGACAGCUAAUGAUAAGGACUGCAUCAGUUGUAGAUAAUAUUUUGACAGAACAUGACACCUUUGAUUCUUUUGUUUCUUUCCGGCUUUUUGGAGGCAGCAAAGCACCAAGGGAUUCUUAAUUUAUAUCAUCAAAAAUACUCAGGAGACGGUACCUAUUAUGGGACCGGUGAUGGGGGCACCUGCAGUUAUUCCCCUCCAAGCAUGCCCCCUGUGGCCAGACACAUCAACAAAUUGGUGGCGCUGAAUGCUCCCCAAUUCUUUGGGUCCUUAUCCUGUGGAAUGUGUUUUAGGGUUCACGGGACAGGACAGGGAGCCGGGAAUGACCCCAUAACUGGAACUUUCACUACUUUUGUCAAAGACCUUUGUCCAGAAUGCCAUGCUGGUGCCUUAGAUUUAGCUGAAAAUGGAGAUGGUAGAUGGAAAAUAGAAAUCCAAGCUAUUCAGUGUCCAGUUGGCAAUGGGAAGAUUGAGUACAAAUUUCAAGGGAGCAAUAAUUGGUAUCUGAAACUUCAAAUCAGAAAUGCAAGAAUUCCGGCCACAGGUGUAGAAAUGUACCAACCUAAGUCUAAUAGAUGGUCAGCGUUACAUCACACUACUGAUGGAUUCUGGGUAUUCGGAAGUGACCCUGUAGAUAAACCGGUUGUCUUCCCCAUCCGAGUCCGUUUGACUGCCGCUAAUGGCCAGGCAAUCCAGGACCACGUACCUCGCUUAGGUAAUGAUGUCGUGUUACAUGGAGAUGGGGUUCAGUUUAACUUGGAUCAUUCUUUACCUCACUAACCAGUCGGCGAGUCAACAUCGAGAGCUGCUUUCAGUAUUGUAACAUAGCUUGUAGAUUUGUAUUAUACAAAUGUAUAGAGACACCGAAUAAAGAAAUAUUUUUACAAUUACA